AUGAUCCUCAUCUUCCAGGGGGACUCUGGUCCGGCUUUAGAUCCGUACUGGGCGCGCCAGUGGAAGAUGACCAAGGUCGACGACCCAGUCACCGCGCCCCAAUGUAUCGCGCACAGAGGCUACAAAGCCAAGUAUCCCGAAAACUCCAUGGCAGCGUUUAGAGGCGCCGUGUCCGCCGGCGCCCACGCUAUAGAAUCGGAUCUCCACCUCACGAGAGACGGAGUCGUGGUUCUGUCUCAUGACGGGACCUUGAAGAGAUGCUUUGGCGUCGACAAGAGGAUCGACGACUGCGACUGGGACUACAUAAGCACUCUCCGGACGUUACGCGCACCGCAUGAGCGCAUGCCCAGGCUUUCCGAACUCCUCGCCUUCCUGACGGAAGAUGGCCACGAGGAUGUGUGGCUACUCUUGGAUAUCAAACUCGAUGAUGACUGCGAGGAGCUGAUGCGCCGAACAGCCGACACCGUCGCGGCGUGCCCCCAGCGCAACGCGAGACCCUGGAACGAAAGGAUAAUAUUUGGCUGUUGGAAUCUCGCUAACGCCGGGGGUGUAAACCCCACCACAGCAAGCCUACAUCGCAAAAGCGCGCGCCUUCCUCCCCGCCUUCCCCUCUCCCACAUCGGCUUCUCCCUCCCCUACGCCAACCGCCUCCUCCCCGCCCACCCCAACCUCUCCUUCAACCUCCUCCAAAUUGUCCUCGCCGGGCCCCUCGGCCCCCGCUUCCUCCUCUCCGCCCGCUCCUCCCGCCGCCCCGUCUUCGCCUGGACCGUGAACCGCGAGCGCUGGAUGGAGUGGGCCGUCCGCGCCCGCGUCGACGGCGUCAUCACCGAUAACCCCGCCCUGUACCUCGAAGUCUGCGCGCGCUGGCUCCGCGAGGAAGAGUCCCGCCGCCAGGCCCCGCCGCCCGGCGGAAGAAGCGUCGUUCGGAAAGCUGCUAGGUUCGGUAAGAGGAGGGGCUUGGUGAGCGAUGCCCUGAGCAUGGCUGGUCUCUUGUGCAUGAACCUCUUCGCCGCUUGUAUUUCUGUCCUCUUCACCAUCAUGGGUCGUUAUGACCGUGUCACGAUAAAACCAAGGGCAAAGACACGCUAG